AUGGAGCGAAUCGCAUUAGAAAUAAAAGUGUACUCCAAUAAACGCUGCAACAUUUCUACACACUACAAUCUAGGAAAGAUGGAGCGUUGGGUUGGCCGUGUUGCAAUUGUGACUGGUGCGAGCGCAGGUAUUGGGGCUGCCAUUGCCAAGGCAUUGGCCCAAAAUGGAAUGAGGGUCGUCGGGGUGGCUCGCAGAGAGGAGCGGAUUCAGGAGUUGGCAGACGCAUUGAAAAAGGAAAACGCCAAGGGCGAACUUUUCCCUUUCAAAGGUGACAUAACAAUUGAAGAAGACGUGAAAAGAGUUGUCCAAUGGACCAGGGACACCUUGGGCGGCGCUGACGUCCUCGUCAAUAACGCUGGUCGCGCAGUUCUAACCAAGCUGUCUGAGGUUUCGAUUGAGGACAUGAACAAAGUUUUCGGCCUCAACGUGUUUGCGCUGACUCAACUGACAGGGUGUGUAAUUCAGGAUAUGAAAAGCAGAGGUGUAGACGACGGACACAUUUUCCACAUCAAUAGCACUGCCGGACACUCGGUGUUGGAUAUUCAAGGAAUGGACAUUUACAUCACGAGCAAGCACGCGGUUACCGUGCUGACCGAAUUGCAGAGAAGAGAGCUGCGCGACUCAGGGACAAAAAUCAGAAUUACGAGCAUUAGCCCUGGUUUAGUGAGGACGGAAAUCAUGGUGGCUUCUGGACUUUGUGAGGAAAACGCGGCUAAAGUGUACAGCAUGAGUCCUUGUUUGGAAUCGGAGGACGUCGCAAACGGCUUGUUAUACGUCCUCACAACACCUCCACACGUCCAGAUUCACGAGCUCAAGAUGCAGCCGACUGGGGAUCCAUACAACUAUAAUUGAUUCAAGAUGGAUUAUUUUUCAAAGAAAAUUCGAUCAUUUGCAAUAUUAGCGAGCUUAUGUUACAUUAUUUUGCAUUAAAAACCUUCAUCAAGAUCAA